CUGGCAUACGGCGCGAGUUGCUUAUGGCACUAAAAGAUUCCGCAACAACUGGUUCAUGUCGCGUCUACUGACAGUGUACGCAACAGCAGCAUCCACGAGGAUACUGACUAUAAUACUGGCUGUCAUCUCGAAAGCAUUUGUGGAUGACUACGACUCUUCAGCCGAAACCAUCUUAUUGGGUUCAUCUAACGCUCUCAUUCCGAAUAACCUACUCUACCAAUUCUUUUCUGUCUUUGUGCGCUGGGAUGCGUUCUACUACUUGCACAUUGCUGAAAACGGAUAUGUCUACGAACAAGAGCAUGCCUUCUUUCCCAUGUUACCAAUGCUGUCAAGGCUGGUCUCAGAGACAGUUUUGAGUCCAUUCAAGUAUCUCAUAGGCGAUCAAUAUACCCUUGUCCUGUCAGGUGUACUUAUUUCAAACAUUUCAUUUGUUUUGGCGGCGGGAGUACUCUAUAAAUUAUCCAACAAUGUAUACCAUGGAAACGAAACCUUAGCAUACCUUAGCGCAUUAGCGUUCGCCUUAAGCCCAGCAUCUAUGUUCAUCUCAUCAUUUUACUCUGAAUCUCUAUUCGCACUGCUCACUUUCACCGGUAUGUUGUGUGUCUCACGCCAGCAAUACAUUCGUGCGUCAGUCGUAUGGGGAAUAGCAUCUGCUACCAGAUCCAAUGCAGUGCUGUACUCUGGAUAUAUUGUCUACGACCUGGUUGUGCGAAAUUAUAUACGACAAAAAUCUGUUAAGAAUGCAAUUGCUGGCUUAACUUUGGCCAUGGGAUGUACCAUGCUUGUAUGUCUUGGCUUCAUUACAUUCCAAGUUUAUGGCUAUCAUCUAUAUUGUAUCCUGGAUCACCGUCCAUGGUGUCAGCAGACGAUCCCUCUACUGUAUUCAUUUGUACAAAAGUUCUACUGGGGUAAUGGUUUCUUAGCAUACUAUGAAGUGAAGCAGAUACCAAACUUUUUGUUAGCUUCACCCAUCAUCAUGAUUUCAUGCUACGGAAUUUGGAGUUACUUCUCGUUUGACAAAUCAAGGUUUCUGACGGUUGGAAUGAAAAGUGACAUAGCUCCCGUCAAUGACAAUGAAGAGAAGGACGAUGGGGUGGAAGAAGUACCGAUCAGCAGCGGGUUUUUGUCGGAUAAAACAUUGCCUCAUAUUUAUUUAUGGGCAAUUCUAAUUAUUGCAGUUGUUACAAGUAUGCAUGUUCAAAUCGUCACCCGGUUCUUUUCCUGUUUGCCAGUGCUGUACUGGUUCAUUGGACAUGUAUGGAUGACAGCGUUAACGCCAACGGCAUCCAAAUCUCAAAAAGUCAUCGCAAAAAUCAUCCUGUACUAUCAAAUUUUGUAUGGCCUGGUUGGUGUCGUUCUCUUUGCAAGCUUCUUCCCGCCAGCCUGAACUUUCUUUCAACAGGGAAAGCACAUUUCUGUUUAUACAUAUUGCACUGUUAUACAAUGCACGUCCAUCAAUAUUGUUUCAAUCUUUCUGACAUACUUGAUAACGGUUCAUCCAACUUGGAAUCAUUUUCUACGAUUUAAUUGUUGUAAUAUUCGCGACACCGCGCAACACCCAUUAUUGACAGUCAAUACAAACGCAACACU